AUUCAUAAACUCAUACUUUUGUCACUUCAUGUCACAAAUACAUACAUACAUAUGUCUUAUUAAUCAUUAUUAUCAAUUGUUGUUAUUCCCCAUAAUACGGAAGUAUGUAUUUUAAUGUUUAUGCAUCCACGCUUUCUUCUCUUGAUUUCAGCGCAUAUUUGCUACACUUACUCACGUUAAUCACUUUAAUCGGUGGAUCGAUGUGCAAUGAUUUGCUUAUCGCUCAUGCUGAUACAACGAUAACAAAAACAACAACAACAACACCGGUACCGGCAAUGAUCCCGACUUCAGCAAUCACAACAAUUACCUUAUUGACGAAGAGCUCACCCUAUAUCGCAUCCUCGUCAGCGCUGUCCAAUCACACCAAUGACAUUUCCAAUUCAAUUAUGCUGUCGAGCUCUUCAGCUACCUCUUCGAAAGAAAGAUCUAAGCCUAUGAUACCACAUCCACCGCCAGCCUUAAAGUCAAGUGGUAAGCUGUUCAACAAAGGUUUGCCAAAGCGACGUAAGGCUGGUGAAAUAUCCGCCAUUCCCGUCUAUGAUCCGACCAUUGAAUGGAAGUGUCCGAAUGUGACGAGCUCGCGCAGCUUGGAAUGCGGCUGCGAUUUGCCACAUACGCUACGCUGUACCGGUGAUUUGCAUGGCCUAACGGUACUCGCAAGUAAUCUGCGAGAGUCACCCUAUACCAUCUCACUGUUGGACUGUUCGUUGCGGAAUGUAACCUUCUUGAGUGAUGCAAAGAUUUUUGAGGGUAUUUCCUUGUAUGGUCUUGUAAUUUCAUCGGGCGAGAUAAAACGCGUACAUAAAUCAGCGUUUUUGGGUAUAAAAGGGCCAUUGCAAGCUUUGGGCCUUCCAGCCAAUGCGCUUUUAAGUGUGCCAUGGAACUCGAUAUCCACACUAACCGCGCUCGAGCGCUUGGAUCUGUCUAAUAACAAAAUAAAAGCUUUGGGCACCUCAGACUUCGCCGGCCUCUCAAAUCUCGUCUAUCUUGAGCUAAGCAAUAAUCAAAUAUCCAGCAUAUCACAGCGUACAUUUAUGAACUUGCGCAAGUUGGAAGUGCUGAAGUUAGGUGGCAAUCGCCUGGGCGAUUAUCCAACCAGUCUAAAAGCGCUUACGGCCUGCUAUAAUUUACGCCAACUUGACCUAUCAGCCAACAACCUCAAUGGUCCACUUACUGCCACCACCUUGCCCGGUUUGAGAAAUCUAGAAUCGCUGGAACUGAAUCGCAAUCUCAUCAAGAGCAUACAAAAUAAAGCUUUGCAAAAUUUCUCCGGCCUUACCAGCCUCUCACUGCGUCACAAUCAAAUCGAUGUGCUACAAGAUCACGCCUUCUACGGUCUGGGUGCACUUGAAAAUCUCGAUUUAAGCUUCAAUGGCAUUGUUGCCAUCUCCAGCGCAUCAUUGCAACAUCUUACACGACUCAUAACACUCGAUCUCACACAUAACUUCUUGCGUGCCUUGACAUCUGAUUUGAUUACCCCAUUACCAUCACUGCAAGUGCUACGCUUGGCAGGCAAUGAUAUCUCGAUUGUAGCCAAGAAUGCAUUGGAUGGUGCACGCGAAUUAAAGAGCCUAUCCAUGCAGGACAAUCCCUUGUCGUGUGACUGCACCAUACGCUCGUUUGCCGAAUGGUUGCAGGUCGCAAAGAUACAGUCGAGCGAUUUGAUGAGCGCAACUUGCGUAACACCUCCCCGGUUGGAGGGUGCGCCUCUUAUACAAGUACCAUUGGAGACUUUGAAUUGUGAAAUGGAUAAUGUGGAGAAGGAUAACGCUAACAUAAUCGAACAAUUAGAAGCUAUAACGAGACAAAAUCAUACGACGCACAUAAAGGACCUAUCGGAGGAGAUCGUAUUGCAUGAACUACAUUUCUCAGCCGAUUAUGGACUGAUACUCACCUGGAUACUUAACCUGAGCAAAAACGAUUAUAUGUGCGAUGCAAUCUUUGUCUACAAAGAGGAGAAUAUCAAUGAAAUAUUAAUCGAUAACUCACCGAUUCAUUGUGAAAGCAAGGUGUUAAAUGGGCAAAAUACGGUCAGUGUAAUUGUGCCAGACAGCUCUUCUUUGGAAAUUGGCGAAAGUUACCGCUUCUGUCUGGUUAUGGUACAAGAGGAAAAUCACGAUGCCGACUUGAAUGUUGGCUGCUCAAAUAUCACCAAGCUUCAGCUUAGCACGCCUGGUUCCGUACCAGAGGUGCGCCAAUAUCAAAGACGUCCAUAUAAAGCUGAGUUGUCCACUUAUCGUGACGCCGAAACGAGCUAUGCGCCCAUUGUAGCACAGACAAUCGAUGAACAUCUCACGAAUUCUAAACGAAAUUAUAACGCAAUUUUCGAAGAAGCAAGUCAAUCACAACAAACCACCCAACCACACACAUAUAACUUUGUAGAGUCGCUGAAUAAGAGCUUCCUGCCCGGUCUUGGCGUUGGUAUAUUGGUAACCUCGGUGGUCGUGCUCAUUUGGGGUGCAAUGCGGAUACGACAAAACUCGAAUAAUAGCCGACCUAGCNACAAUUUUCGAAGAAGCAAGUCAAUCACAACAAACUACCCAACCACACACCAAAACUCGAAUAAUAGCCGACCUAGCACGCCUACCGCCACCACCUGCUAUGCCGCUUCAGAGCAUAUAGCACGCCUCGCAGAUACAGAGAAUGGCACGCGAUAUUUAAAACUGCAAGCUACAACAAGUCUUUGAGGAGUAUAAAUUAUUGGACAUACAUACAUACAUACAUACAUGUGUAUGUAUGUAGAUAGAUUGCCAGCUCCACCACCCGAAUUGUUCAACAAAGUCGAGUCAGUCUUCAUUGAAUACCACAAACAUACUAAAUAUUUAGGUAUUAAAUGAACAGAAAAUCUUGUGAGUUGCUACACACAGUCGGCAACUCUUGUGAUAGUACUUUGUACCAAUGCAUUAAAAUAUAUUGUCUUUUUUUUAUUCGAUUUUCUAGUGGUAACGUUAACACUAUAGCACCUAAGCCAAAUAUUAAAAAAUUGUUAAUUCAUAUUUUUCUAACUGAGAAUGACUAGUUUUAAGACCUUUUCGAUAUUUCAAACUAUUUCAUUAUGCAAAAAUCUUGGUUGUUUAAGAAGCACCGUAAGUGCACAGUUAGCACAGCUGUGCGUAUUGUGCGGUUUUUUUUUAUUCCUUGUGCCAUAGUUGAACACUUCCUGU